UCCGGCGACAUUUCACUGUGACACACGCACCAGCAAUUCGUGUGUAACACGAUUUUAUGUCCGUUCGGCUCUAUUGAAAGUCAUGGCAAGUCCCGAUCUAAUAAAAACUCUUCUCUAUACUGUAAAUAAUCUACUACAGCAGGAGAAAUAUAAAGCUGCGUUGGCAGUGUUGAAGGGAUUCAGAAAUGGCGCCGUAUAUGGAGUCAAAAUUAGAGCACCACAUGCCCUGGUGAUGACAUUUCUGUUCAGAAGUGGAAGUUUGAAGGAUAAGCUCAGAGCCAUCUUGAAGGCCACAUACACCCACUCUCGCAACCUGGCAUACUUUGUGUUCACGUACAAAGGACUGCAAGCUCUGCAGGAGAAGCUGCAGGGGAAGACUCUGCAGUCUCACUCCUUCCUGGCUGCCUGUGUCGGAGGAUGGUUGGUGUUCGGAGACAAUAACAACAUCAACAGUCAGAUCAACAUGUACCUGCUGUCCAGGAUCCUGUUCGCUCUGUCCCGCCUGGCCGUAGAGAAAGGAUUCAUCCCUCAGCCUAAACACGACCCUUUCCCACUCUUUGCCACUCUGGUGUGGGGUAUUGUGUUGUGGCUGUUUGAAUAUUACCCACACACCCUCCAGCCGUCUCUGCAGUCCUCAAUGAACUACCUCUACCACGACAGCAAUGUGUGGCACGACAUCACAGACUUCCUUAUUUAUAACAAGCCAAGGACUAUUGCUCCCAAUUAAAGCUGUGCCUCUUUUCAGCACGGACCAGCUCUCUGCAACACAAUGAUGCAUUAUUAUUAUAAUUCUAUAAAUAAUUAUUCCAAUAUUAAAUAUUGCCUUAUUGCUAGAAUUCAGUUUUAAGUGAAAUGUUUUGAUUAUUUGUGUUCAGGAUCACUUUAUGUAGCUGUGAAAGCGUACAGCUUUAAGUAGCAGUAUCUAUUGAGUAUGAUUUUGUGCCACUAAUCUUUGAGCAAGUGUAAAUUUGUCUGACUUUGAUUUCCAGGAGUAAGUUACCAAAUGCAACUGUGACAAGAACAAUUAAAUCAAAAACGGGCUGAAAAGCUGUUGCCACUUUUGAACCUGCUGUUACACAGAGACAGCGAUGUCCAUAUCAGCAACAUCAUCGUCCACUUGUUCGAUGUGUAGCAUUUGCACCUCUUGAAGCUCCUUGUAUGUCAUUCUAAAUGAAUAAAAAAGUGAAAUCAUGACUACUUUAAGUAAA